UUAAGCCCCUCCCACCACGCACAGCUGACGCUGGCAGAGCUCCCACCGUGAGCAACAAGACGAAGCUGCUUUUAUUUAAUCAAAACCCGUUAAAUCAACUCUUAUCCGAUGUAAUAAGGUGUUUGCAUUGGAUGUGUUAUUAAUUUACAAGGCGGCUCGGAAGUUCCAGGACACACGCGUCGGUGACAUCCGCUCCUAGCGGCUGCUGGUGGCGAUGCUACCGCUUGUGACCAUCAGCUAGCCCAGGCUUAGCUGGCUCGGAGUGACGGGGACAGAACCGUGGGCGAAGGCAGCCGACACCAGCACACAAAAAGGAAAAUAUCUGUAUUUAUAUAAAGAUCAGAAAGUUUGAAUUGCAUCUGGUUUCACCGACCUGGAGCGCAGUAGCGUGUUAGGCUAGUCGGCAGCUGGUUUUGUUGCCUGGAGCGAACUUAACUUGGAUAUUAUUGGGUGGUUUCAGGCUGUGAAAUCUGCCAGAAGGUGUUUUGAAAGCCGUAGCAGGAAAAAAACAGAAACACAAUGAGCUCUGAAGAGACAGCAGCGCCCAGCAAAGCCGCUCCGGAGGAUGAUGGCAUGACCUGGUGGUACAGAUGGCUCUGCAAAAUCGCAGGGGUUUUGGGAGGAAUAUCCUGCGCUGUCUCGGGAGUGUGGAACUGCGUCACCGUGAACCCUUUAAACAUCGCUGCUGGAGUGUGGAUGGUGUUGAAUGCCUUUGUGCUAUUCCUUUGUGAAGUCCCAUUCUGCUGCCAGUUCAUAGAGUUUGCAAAUGCGAUCGCAGCCCGCGCAGACAAACUCAAGCCCUGGCAGAAAGCCCUCUUCUACUGUGGGAUGGCCCUGUUUCCCGUGUUCCUGAGCUUCUCCAUUACAACGCUGUUUGGAAACGCCAUCGCCUUUGCCACAGGAGUUCUUUAUGGCCUUGCAUCUUUAGGCAAAAAGUUCUCACAUUGAAUGCAGUUCACAACAUUUUAAUCAGUUAACACAAUGCCACCCUAAUGACCUUCCCUUUUAUUGACGCAAAUAGGUUUAAACUGAGUGAGUUUUGUACUAAUCCCUUCUAAUUCUGAUUCUCGUACACUUGCUUUUUCUUUAUUUCCACUUAUUUUCAUUACCACCCUUCCUUUGCAUCCCGUUUCCUCUCUUGUUUCCUUCUUCUUUGUUUUUCCCUGCCAUCUUAGGGGAGACGCUGUGACUUACGCCAGACUACAGCACCAGAAGCAGGGAGACGAAGAGCGGUCGGCAGGGACAGUAAAUGGAGCUCCGGAGUGAGGCAUCUUCUUCUCCUCCUCGCCUCGUCUUGUUUUGCAGUUUUUAUACUUGGACCUCCACAUUCAUCCUACCUUUUGUCUUGCUCUUCUUUCCAACACUACAUAGUUGUUUAUUUAACUGCUUUGGUGUUUGGUGCAUUUCUUUUGUUUUGAACCAAUACGGUCAACAAAUGUUGAAUUUAUUUAUUUACCUCCAAUCCAAACGAUAGAAUUUAUCACCAUGGCUCAAUGUUUUUGAGGUUGUGCUUUAAAUUCUUCCUUUAGAUUUUAGUUUUUGACUGUUUUUUUUUUGUUGUUGUUGUUUUUGAGCCAACAUUUACUUUACAAAAACUUUUUCCCCCAAAGCCUUCCAGUAAAUUACACGUGAAAUGAUUGUGAUAGAAACAUAAUUCAGCUCAGCUUAUUCAGGCAAUGUAGAGACAUGCAGUUGGGCAUUUUUAUUAGCAAUGCAGUGCGGGGCGGAAGCUCACCAGCAAAAGAUUUGACAUUUUUCUCAUUUAAUAAUGACAAUAAGACCGAUAGAGACCCACCAGCUGUAGCAAACAAAUUUGACUGCAAAAUAUAUAUUUUUACAUGAAACCUCCACCUGACUUGGAGCGAAAAGCCAAGCUAGCCAGAAUCGUGGUGCGGAGGUUAAAAUUUUCUGGUCUGCAUGAAAAGGCCACUCAUAACUACAGAAAUGUGUGGCUGCAUUUUAAGGAAAAUGAAAUUAUGUUGUUUGAAACUACUGAGUCUUACUGGGAAUAUAAUAUGAAGAAUGAUAAAGUCUGAAGAAUAAAGAAAAAAUUGUACACAUGCAGAAAUGCUUCUGUUAUAAAGUUUGAGUGUAUAUCAAAAACAACCCACAGGUCUGCCCCACUAUAUGGACGUUCAAAUGUUUGAUGCUUUCUGUAAAAAAAGAAAAGGGCAAAUUUUAAAUAAAAGAGCAGUAAAGCAGUGCAAUUUCAUAAAUCAUGAUGGUGUCUGCAUUUAGUUUAUUCCUUAUUUUUGUUGUUGUGCCAGUUUUUAUUUAAAACUGAUAUUAUAGGACCCAAUCACACCAGAUAUAGUGAAGGCAACGAUGUUUAAAAAGCCCGAAAGUGAAUGCAAUUUUUUACCGCACCACAAUAGCCUCCUACAGAAAAAUGUCCAAAUGGGGGCAAACAUGAAAAUAUACUGCUCAAGUCAGGCAGGUGGGUUUCUUUUCUAAAUUUGGAUAAAAUCUACAGCGAGAAGAAUAAUUGCAAUGUUUAAAAAAAAAAACUGAGGUUGUGUUGAGCAAAUUUUAUGUUCCCACCAAACAUACAUUUGGAGGAUUGGCAGUGGAUGAACUUAGAAAUGUUGAUUCAAUGUGUUUGAGAACUUCAGGACAGUUUCCGGUGUGAGGUUAUGCUGCUUCAAAAAUUAAAAUCUAUUUCAAAGCUUUCAAUGCAUAUUUAUCCGGGGUGAAAGUAAAUAUGGAGAUCACUAACACCUAAAGUGUUUCCUUAACCUUUUCACUGUCUUUUGUCACAACUUGUGUUUGAAUUUUGUUGUUUGAUCAAAUGAGAAAUCUUGCAUUCCUGUCACUGUUUGAACAGUUUUGACUUUAUGGGCUAUGAUCAAUUCUUGUUAAAAGUUUCAGACUCUUAAUCUCCAGAGUUUUUAACCCUAUUUCAGCCAAACCUGGAGCUCAUAAUAGGAAGAGGUGUUGUAGUAUAAUAAAAUGGCACACAAAAACUUCUGAAGUGUGGCUUGUGGGCAUUUAUGAACAAAAGCAAAAGGGAUUGAAUGUAUCUGGUUUAUCCAAAGAUUUCCACACCUGAGGUUUAUUAUUUUUGUGUUAGACCUUGUGUCCUUUUCUUUUUUGUAUCCCAGGAUGAGCUGAUUUAGUGUAGCUCAGCCUGUGUAGCCAAUAGUGAGCAGGGAUGUGUGCUCAUUUGUAAAACAUUUUAAGUUGUUUUUUUUUCCCCCUUUGUUUCUUUAAAUGAAUUAGGUUAUUAUUAAUGGAGGGAAGUGACUUUCUUCAGGGACUGUUUUGGUGUGUAUUCUCUCAUUAGGCAGAGUGAUGGUUUACCUUCAUCAUCAUAUUAAAGCAAGAUGGAGAUUGUACGAUUUAACUGUUUUUAUUGCCUUGCCCCAGAAAAACGAAUGCUGCUUGCAUGUGUCUCUUACAGCCUUUGCUGUCUAAAAGUCUCUAUUCUGUCAGUUUCUGAUCAGGUUUUAUUUAAUGGACCACCAGGGACAGCUCUCAGGUAUCAUACAGAAACAGCGCCAGCUGCACGACUUUGAAACAACUUAAGCCGGUUGAAACACUUUAGCAAUCUCCGGUGUUGGUGAAUAUUUAAGGAACAUCACUGUUUAUCCUCCUUGUCUACACACUUUUGAUUUAUUGUCUUUAUUUAGUUCAAGCAAUUCGCCCGCUUGAUUCAUCUGUUGCCGGCGGGUGUUUAAUGCCAUUUUAGCUGUAAGAGGUACGUGUACAGUCAUUGUGUGUUGUGAUGUGAAGUCUGAUUCUGAAUUUGGUGAAAUAAACUUGCUACUACCAG